AUGGCACCAACGCAAAAUACCAACAACAAGCAGGAGCUGAGCACCAAAGAUGCCAUGUUCUUGCUCGAACUCAUGCGUGACUCUCCUCAACCGAUCCUCUUCCACAUCGGCCCGUACUGUCAUAAGACCGGCGCAAAACCAAACACCAUCGUCAAGCGACUCGGCGAGAUCAAGAAGCGCAACGGUCUGAACAUUGUCACCACCACGAGUCCGCCAUCCGGUAACAACAAUGGCUUCGCCGUCCCCAGAGUCUCAUCUGCCGCGAAGCGCGAGACUGGAGAAGAUAGCGAGGCCAAGCCCAAGGUCAAGCGUGAGCGAGUGGCUCCCAAGACGACAGGCAAGCAGAAUGCGCCGGACCUCUCCAUCGCAGAACAACACGUGAAGGUGGAGACGGGCAAUCCUCAUCCUCACGACCUGGGCGUCGCUUAUGGUCUUCCUUCCCCAGCCGAGUCUGCUGCGGAACCCCUCUUCGCCACUCCCACUGCUGCUGCACCAACGCCCGUGGCAACCGGCGCGAAUGUGGCCCAAAUUUUCGGGUACAUGCCGCAGAAACGGAGCUUGGAUGACCGCGACAGCAUCGACAAUGGGGUGCCAAACAAGAAGGUCAAGGCCGAGAAUUGA